AUGAGUCAGGUUAUACGCGAUCCUGAAACCGAGACGGCAGUAAACAAGAACUAUAAGGUGGAGGACACUGUAGUACAGGCAAUUUGCUCCUGCUGCGGUCCUCGGCUUCGCUCAUUUGCACUUAACUGGUGCUGGGAUAUCACAGAUGCCGGUCUCGCUAGCCUUGUUGAAGCCUGCUGCUCCCUGCGUCACCUCAGCUUGGUUGGUGUGAAUUUGAUCAUCGGUGAGGCACUAGUUCAUCUCCCCAUUCGUCAACCCAGCCUUAUUGUUUUAAACUUGACCCAAUGCAACAGGGUCUCUGAUUCUGUCCUUGCUGAAGUAGCUGAGGCCAUGCCCUGGCUCUAUAUCUUCGAUUACUUUGGGGAGCGCGUGGGGGGAGAUAUGAACGAUAUAUGUCAUUAUGACGUAUGGCGAUCAUUCGAGAAGCUAGUCAUUUGCGAUGAUUGA